ACGUGUUUCCGUUGCCGGUACCAGAUUUCCCAGCUCAUUUCCUGGUUUUGUGUCCGAAACUCUCCCAUUCAUCUUUGCUCCGUGUCAUGUGUGGGUUCCGUGCAGACAUGCGGCUGUUGUUGUUCGCGGUGGUGCUUCUGUCCCUGAGCCCGGUGGCAGUGAACGGAGCCGAGAAGAAGAAGCUGCAGAUCGGCAUCAAGAAGCGGGUGGACAACUGCCCCAUCAAGUCCCGGAAAGGAGACGUGUUGAACAUGCACUACACCGGCAAACUGGAGGACGGCACCGAGUUUGACAGCAGCAUUCCCCGCGACAGGCCCUUCACCUUCACCCUGGGCACCGGCCAGGUGAUCAAAGGCUGGGACCAGGGGCUACUGGGCAUGUGCGAAGGCGAGAAGAGGAAGCUGGUCAUCCCCGCAGAGCUCGGCUACGGAGACCGGGGAGCUCCUCCGAAGAUCCCCGGAGGAGCCACGCUCAUCUUCGAGGUGGAGCUUCUGAGCAUCGAGAGGAGAUCAGAGCUUUGAUGAAGGAGAGAUGGAAGAAGAGAUGCUUUUAAAAACGUUCCAGGGGGCGCUGCAUCACUGGUGUCUGACCUCUGGUGAAGACAUGGUGAAUCUGGACUAGAAGACGCCACAUGGCAGCAGAGCCGCCGUCCUCUUGUCUCUUCCCCUACGCUCUGAUUUAUCAGAUUAUACUUAUUAAACGCUGACUGAGUAAAUAACUGUACAUCCCCUUGUUAAACAUAAGUAAAACCCACAGAUAGUCGUCGAGCCCAGUAUUUAUCCAGAGGCCGUUAACGUCGCCUCCUGCGCUCUCAUCUCAGUUUUACAAUAAUUCUGUGAUUUCUAAGCAGGGUCGUUCAUAUCGCAUCAUGCAUCAGAAUACAAUGUUUUUGUUGAUUUAAAAAAAACAUGAAUUGUGAUAAUAAAAUUUUGGCCUAAAGUGAA